UUUCUUGCUUUCGUGUUAAAAAGUUUUUCAUGUUGUUAUGGAUCCUCUAGCGAAACCGUCAAUUCGAUAUGGACAUAGUCCCGGUCACACGGAUGUCUGUUAUGAUGAUUCUGGAAGAUACAUUCUGAGCUGUGGAACCGAUGGUGAUGUUCGUAUAUGGGAUGGCUUCAACGAUUCUGAUGCGAUGUCAUAUCAGAUUGGAGACAAGGUUUUUGCUGUUUUGUACAAGAAUCACAAGUUCUACACUGCAUCUGAUGUCAACAGCAUCCAAAUAUACACAUUUCCAGAUGGCAUAGCAGAUGGGAUGGUCACACGGUUCACUGCUCCUGCUAACCACAUGUGCUUCAACAGAGCAGGAACAAUUCUGGUUGCUGGGGCAAGUGACUUCAUGAUCAAAAUCACAGAUGUACGAUCAAGCAAACAGAAAUCUCUCCAAGGACACGAAGCUCCAAUAUUGAGUGUGGCUUUACAUCCCAAAGGACUCUUUCUGGCAUCGUCCAGUUGUGAUGGAUCCUACCGUGUCUGGUCAAUGUCUACUCAUACCAGUGUGAAGACAUGGAAUGGUUUAGCACGAUACAGUGAUGUGAGCUUGGCGAAAUCUCUUUGUCGUUUAUGCUGGGACCCUCUUGGAGAGAAUCUCUUGGUUCCUGUUGAAAAGGAAAUUAUUGUUUAUGAUACAAAGACCUGGAAUAAAACUGCAGCUUUAACUGAUGCAAAGAUAAAAGACACCAUUUCCAUUUUGAUGUUCUCCAGUUGUCAGAAGUAUUUGGCAGCAACAUGUUUCGAUGGUCUCUUGCUAAUUUUUGACUGGAGCAAAAGACUUUGCAUACAAAGUUAUAAACAUGAGAAGACCUUCACAGCUAUUUCCUGGAAUCCAAUAAAGAACAAUGAAAUUGUUUUCACUGAUAAUGAGGGACAGAUUGGAUUAUUUGAAAAUGUUUUAUCGACUGCUGCUAGUAAAAACGCUAGCGCCGAACAACCUGCAGUCACCACACCCAACCCUGCCUCCUCUGCUGUGGAUAACAAUUUAGAUGACGAUGAUAUUUUCGAUGACCUUGAUGAUGAGAUGUUGUCUGGCGCCAUUGGACCUGACAUUCCUUCGGUAGAUGCUGGAGAGCAGAGCGAUAACGAGUUUACUGCUAAACUCAAUCCUGAAGCCAUAUUUGAUGAUGACGCAUUGAAAGAUGGAGCUUCAAACAUGUCCGAUGGAGAAAGUACCACAACUGACCAACCUCUGAAACCGACCGCUGCUGUUCCAUAUAACGAACCAAAAAUACUUGUUCAAAAGCCUUUCCAACCUGGUUCUACACCUGACCAUCUUUCUCAAAGAUUUAUGAAAUGGAACUCGGUUGGCAUCGUGAAGCAAUAUAAUGCAGAUGGCGAGAACUCCAUUGAUAUAGAAUUCCAUGACACUGCAGUGCAUCAUUCGAUGCAUCUCAACAACAACGUCGGCUACACCAUGGCGGACAUUUCCAAAGAAUGUGUUCUUUUGGGGAGUCCAAAUGAUGAAGAAUCUGGCCGCAGCAAGCUGACGUGUUUACACUUUGCAGCCUGGGAUAAUUCCAAAGAAUGGUCCAUUACUCUACCAGAGGAAGAAGAAAUUUUGGCCAUAACUGCUGCUGAGACAUGGGUUGCCAUGGCCACCAGUGAACAACUUCUUCGACUCUUUACCAUGACGGGCAUUCAGAAAGAAAUCCUUACUCUCGCAGGACCUAUUGUAUGUCUGGCGGGCUUUAAAGACUUCUUGAUGGUUGUCUACCAUCGAGGUGGCGGUCUUCCUGGUGAACAGUGUUUGGGUAUUGACCUUUAUCAACUGACAUCAAAGAAGAAAUGCAUUUUGAAGGAUCUGCUUCCUCGUAGUCCCAAGUCUUUCCUUUGCUGGGCUGGGUUUUCUGCAGAAGGUACCCCAUUCUAUAUGGAUUCCAGUGGCAUGCUUAACAUGCUGAACCGGAAAUUUGGUAACUCUUGGACACCAGCAUGUGAUACAAAGUCUUUUGCAAAAGGAAAAUCAGACCAUUUCUGGAUCAUCAGUAUACUAGAAUCUCAACAGCAGAUCAGACCAACUCUUCCACGUCCCAUGUUGAGAAUGUUACCUCUGCAGAUACCCAUGUGUGAGCUCAGCACAGAGAAGAGCCAAUAUGAAGAGAAGUUUAGGCGUCUGAGUUUUGUUCAAAGUGCAACUGAGCAUUGUAUCCAGCUGGGUGAAGAAGUGGAUACCAGAUAUCAAGAAGAAGCAGUGAGGGGAAUGAAAGAAGAACUCAUGAAGUCGUUUGCUCUUUCGGUGCGAUCGGAACGAGAAUGCAGGGCUUUGGACAUAUGCGAGAUGAUGCCUGAUGAGCACACGCUGCAGCUGGCUGUCAAGUACGCAGCAAGACUGACGAGGAUGCAACUUGCCGGACGCAUCAAUGAGAUGGCGCACAGGCGGCGCAUGGCAGAAGAGAUGCGAAUCAUGAAGAGAAAGUCCAGAGCAUCAAACAACUAUGGAGACUCUUCUUCUUCUUCUGCUGAGGAAGAAGAGGGUGGUGGUCGUGGCGGUGAUAAUAAUAAUGAUGAUGAUGACGAGAGUAGUGAUGAUGAUGGUGCUGCUGCUGUGUGCAAUGGGAAGAAGAUUCUGGCCAACCAGAGGCCAGACAACGCGAAGAAUAAGGCGCGACCAAAUCUGGUCCCACGUCGGAAUCCUGUCAAAGGUUCUGUUAAUGAUCCGAGGAAGAAAAAGCAGCGGAAGCAGGAUGAAGCGGGGGAAAAAGAAAAAGAAGACGAGGAAGGAGAGGAGGAGGAAGAGGAGAAAGAACAGGUAGAGGAAGAUCAGGAGGAUGAAGCUGAUGAUUGUGAUGAUGAUGGUGGUGGUGGCAGUGAUGAUUAUGAUGAUGAUGUUGAUAUGAAACAGAAGGGUCCAGAGAAUGGGGAUGAUGAUUCGGAUGAGGAGAAAGAGAACAGCCUGGAUGGUGGCAGCGGAACACCAAAGUCAGGUAAAAGAGAGAAGAAAGGCACCUCAUCUCCAACAGUUUUCCCCUCAUCAAGCAAUGUAACAAACCCUUUCAAAAUUGGGACCCCACAGAAACCCCUCCCGGCCAUGAAAGGUACUCAGGUUUUUGAUUCCAUGACUCGAAGUAAACCAGUGAAGCUGUUGAGUUCUUCUGAAGCCGUUAAGCUGAAGACGGGAUCACGGAAGAAACAUGUUCCAGUGAAAUCUGGUUUUUCCGCCUGGUUUAAAGAAAACAAAGAUGACCUUGAACAAGAAAACCCUGACAUGUCAGCAGACGAACUGAAACAGUUGGCAACAAGCAGAUACAAGGAACUUUCCAGUGAAGAAAAAGAGAUUUGGUCACAGAAGGUGAAUGAUAAAUCUGAAGAGGUCAAGACUGCGAAGAAACGUAAACGAGCUAAUGAGGAAUCUCUAAAUGGUGGUGGUGGUGAUGGUGGCAGUGGUAACAAGGAAUCAGGUCGGCAGAAUGGCAAGAAGAAGAAGAAGAUUUUAUCACAGGAAACAAAUUCUAAACUGAUUAAUUUUAUGUUCAAAAAAGACUAAUGGACAUGAAAUAUUAGAUCAUUGUAUAAAGCAUAUAGUCACAUUUUCACACUCAUUCAUUCAUAUAUACACACACAUAUACAUACACACACAUACAUACACACAUACACACACACACACGCACACGUGUGUAUUUAAUGUGUGUGUUUAUAUAUACAUAUAUGCAGAUAAUAUUGCAUUACUUUGUAGCUCACUCUCGUAUAUAUAUGUGCGUGUGUGUGUGUGUGUGCGUGCGCGCGCAUGUAAAUGUAUUUAUAUUUGUGUGUUGUGUAUAUAUAGAUAUGUUAUGUUUAGUGUUGACUUUCGGAAGAUAGACAAUUCAACACCAUAACAAGAGACUGACUCAACUAAAAUAAUGAUAAAAACAACAAUAAUUACACACACACACAUAUGUAUAUACAUAUACAUCUAUCUCUCUCUCUCUCUCUCUCUCUCU